AUGGCUGCCACACAGGGGACCACUCAAGGGAAGGAGGGCGGGGACCAGAACUUUGACUACAUGUUCAAGCUGCUGAUCAUUGGGAACAGUAGCGUGGGUAAAACCUCCUUCCUUUUCCGCUACGCUGACGACGCCUUCACCUCAGCCUUCGUCAGCACCGUGGGCAUCGACUUCAAAGUCAAGACUGUCUACAAGAACGACAAGAGGAUCAAACUGCAGAUCUGGGUAAGUCUGUCUCUAAAGUCCAGGGUACUUACUAUUGUAAUAGAUAAUGUCUAAUGUACGUAUAGCUUUUCAACUACAGUGUGCACAAAUAUGAGCUAUUCAUUCAACUGCAAUAUUGAUCUUAUCUUGCCUUGGUUUAGGAACAGUAAUUUAAAUCAUUUGAUCUAAAUACUCAAAAGUAUUAAGCUCAAAAUGUCAUUGCCAGUUUUAGUAGAUUACCACUAUUGGAAAAUGGCUACAUUCAAAACAGGUUAACAAUGGCCAGAAAAGCCAUUGAAGCAGUGCUGAGCUUUUCAAAUUGAUUCUGCUGUUGCAACCACACACAACUUACUUUUUUGCAUCACGUCAUGGAGAAACUCAAUAUUUUGUAUCUCUCAUUGCAAUCUAUUUUUGAUAUCACCAGAGUAUUGCCUCUAGCUCAUAAGUAGUAUGCAUAUGAGGAGACAUCCUGACCUACAGUAGUCAUAGGAACUAGCUCCUGUUAGAAGUUGUCCGUAGGCACAGAUCUACGAUCAGUUUACAUCACCCCAAUACUAACACUAACCAUUAGAGGGAAAAAAUACAUAAGAGACCAUAGAUCAGCCUCUAGAGGCAAAUUCAGUCUUAUCCUACAGGGGCUCGGCAUCAGCCUAGGGUAGUCAACCUAUUUCAGACAUUGUCAAUCUAUCUCAUCACUACAAUCAUGCACUCUCAUUCAUUCCCAAGGGGCUUUAGGGAGCUCGUAACUAUUGAAAUAAUCAGUGUCUUCUUAUGUCAUUUGUAUUCUAGCCUCCCAAGGAGUCUUGGAGGACUAACCUAACAGUGGGCUAAUGGAGGUUCUAUUGAACAAUAAACAAAAGCCUUCACUAAUUGUUAAGGGGGGUUUGGAAAAAGAAACUCCCCUGUCCAAUCUCCCUUUCUUUUAACCGAAUGACCCUGGUCUGUAAACCACAUUAGACUAUGAUUUCAUAGCCAGGCCCCUUCCCCUUACCCUGUCAGCUACUCUUGAUCAAUAACUAUCUAGGACUGUGACAGGUUGUAACUAGAUGGCUCAUGGUUGGUCAAGCAGUCAUUCUCUCUAUUUCUCCUGAGUAAUUUGUUAAGAAAACACACUUGUAGUUAAACUUAACAAACAUACACUACCAGUCAAAAGUUUGGACACACCUACUCAUUCAAGGGUUUUUCUUUAUUUUUACUAUGUCUACUACUAGACAUCAAAACUAUGAAAUAACACAUAUGGAAUCAUGUAGUAACCAAAAAAGUUUUAAACAAAUCAAAAUAUAUUUUAUAUUUGAGAUUCUUCAAAUAGCCACCAUUUGCCUUGAUGGCAGCUUUGCACACUCUUGGCAUUCUCUCAACCAGCUUCAUGAGGUAGCCACCUGGAAUGCAUUUCAAUUAACAGGUGUGCCUUCUUAAAAGUUAAUUUGUGGAAUUUAUUUCCUUCUUAAUAUGUUUGAGCCAAUCAGUUGUGUUGUGACAAGGAAGGGGGGUAUACAGAAGAUAGCCCUAUUUGGUAAAAGACCAAGUCCAUAUUAUGGCAAGAACAGCUCAAAUAAGCAAAGAGAAACGACAGUCCAUCAUUACUUUAAGACAUGAAGGUCAGUCAAUACGGAACAUUUCAAGAACUUUGAACGUUUCUUCAAGUGCAGUUGCAAAAACCAUCAAGCACUAUGAUGAAACUGGCUCUCAUGAGGACCGCCACAGGAAUGGAAGACUCAGAGUUACCUCUGCUGCAGAGGAUACGUUCAUUAGAGUUACCAGCCUCAGAAAUUGCAGCCCAAAUAAAUGCUUCACAGAGUUCAAGUCACAGACACAUCUCAACAUCAACUGUUCAGAGGAGACUGUGUGAAUCAGGCCUUCAUGGCCGAAUUGCUGCAAAGAAACCACUACUAAAGGACACCAAUAAGAAGAAGAGACCUGCUUGGGCCAAGAAACACGAGCAAUGGACAUUAGACUGGUGAAAAUGUGUCCUUUGGUCUGGAGUCCAAAUUGAAGAUUUUUGGUUCAACCGCUGUGUCUUUGCGAGACGCGGUGUGGGUGAACGGAUGAUCUCUGCAUGUGUAGUUCCCACCGUAAAGCAUGGAGGAGGAGGUGUUAUGGUGAGGGGGUGCUUUGCUGGUGACACUGUCUGUGAUUUAUUUAGAAUUCAAUGCACACUUAACCAGCAUGGCUACCACAGCAUUCUGCAGCGAUACGCCAUCCCAUCUGGUUUGGCCUUAGUGGGACUAUCAUUUGUUUUUCAACAGGACAAUGACCCACCACACCUCCAGGCUGUGUAAGGGCUAUUUUACCAAGAAGGAGAGUGAUGGAGUGCUGCAUCAGAUGACCUGGCCUCCACAAUCCCCCGACCUCAACCCAAUUGAGAUGGUUUGGGAUGAGUCGGACGGCAGAGUGAAGGAAAAGCAGCCAACAAGUGCUCAGCAUAUGUGGGAACUCCUUCAAGACUGUUGGAAAAGCAUUCCAGGUUGAAGCUGGUUGAGAGAAUGCCAAGAGUGUGCAAAGCUGUCAUCAAGGCAAAGGCUGUUUGAAGAAUCUUUGUUUAAUGUCCAUUGCUUGUCUUUCUUGACCCAAGCAGGUCUCUUCUUAUUAUUGGUGUCCUUUAGUAGUGGUUUCUUUGCAGUAAUUCGACCAUGAAGGCCUGAUUCACGCAGUCUCCUCUGAACAGCUGAUGUUGAGAUGUGUCUGUUACUUGAACUCUGUGAAGCAUUUAUUUGGGCUGCAAUUUCUGAGGCUGGUAACUCUAAUGAACUUAUCCUCUGCAGCAGAGGUAACUCUGCGUCUUCCUUUCCUGUGGCGGUCCUCAUGGGAGCCAGUUUCAUCAUAGCGCUUGAUGGUUUUUGCGACUGCACUUGAAGAAACGUUCAAAGUUCUUGAUAUUUUCCGUAUUGACUGACCUUCAUGUUUUAAAGUAAUGAUGGACUGUCAUUUCUCUUUGCUUAUUUGAGCUGUUCUUGCCAUAAUAUGGACUUGGUCUUUUACCAAAUAGGGCUAUCUUCUGUAUACCCCCCCUACCUUGUCACAACACAACUGAUUGGCUCAAACGCAUUAAGAAGAAAGAUAUUCCACAAAUUAACUUUUAAGAAGGCACACCUGUCAAUUAAAAUGCAUUCCAGGUGACUACCUCAUGAAGAUAGUUGAGAGAAUGCCAAGAGUGUGCAAAGCUGUCAUCAAGGCAAAGGGUGGCUAUUUGAAGAAUCUCAAAUAUAAAAUAUAUUUUGAAUUUUUGAAUAUAUUUGUUUAACACUUUAUUGGUUACUACAUGAUUCCAUAUGUGUUAUUUCAUAGUUGUGAUGUCUUCACUAUUAUUCUACAAUGUAAAAAAUAGUCAAAAUAAAGAAAAACCCUUGAAGGAGUAGGUGUGUCCAAACUUUUGACUGGUACUAUAAUUGUUUGCUGCUUCAAACCUUUUUGUCCAUGCCUGUUACGGUUACCAGGCAACUUUAUAAACAAGCAAUCCCUUAAAGCUUACAGGUAACGAUACUGACAUCUACAUUGUUAUAGAUUUCUAUGAGCCAAUGUGCAGACUAGGAUCCAGUCACAAUUACAUUUGAGGUGGUUUGUGCCACUUCGCUGUAUGAACCUGGAGUGAUUGAAUGCGAUGGAUGUGUCAUCGUUUACAGGAUGCUAGUAACCCUUAGCUGAAGGACAUCAUCACUGAAUAACACUCCUCUCAGACUGUGUGUUCUCCUGUGGUUGGCCGACUUCGCCUAAGGCUCUUUUAAUUAGGAGGUUCGGAGAUGGAGGAGUUUGUUUCUGAGCACCUCUGAGGCAGCUAAGGCUACAGUUUAAAGCCUGCUUCCUCCAAACGCCCACUCUCACUCUCUCCUAGAGAGGCAAUGCUGUUCGCUGUCAUAUCUACUGUCUGUUCCACCAAUUAAUUGGUCCCAGACAGUACUGUAGCAGUUAAUCAGCUGAUUUGCAUGGGACACAAAUCACACGCACUUUAACAGGAAGCAGAAAAGCAGGGUUGAAUGUAAACAGUUUAAAUUACGAGUAAUGAGGGUAAUGGGUUUUUGUCAGUUAAGGAAAGACAAGCAGGUUCUAACAGAGGCAGGAUUGCCAGAGAGAGCAUUCAAAUGAAUAGCUCUAGGUUGUCUCAUUGGGCUUUUUGAGAGAACUGUUCCUUCAGUGGUCAUUUCAUAAUAAUUGAUUAUGUCCUUGUGGGUAUUGCAAGAUUAAUCACAUGUGAAAUUGUGUUUCAUAGUAAUUUGCAAAUACAGUUACGUUUUACUGGUUAUAGUUUUAUGUAUUAUCAUAAUCAUGUUUGAGAACUGUACUAUUCCUGACGAGCCACAGUAUACCAGAAUUGACCAGUAAGAUUCAAAUAAGAUGUCCUUCAAUCCCUGCUGUCACUCUGCACUGACUGUACUAAAGGUUCUGUCAAUUUUUUGGGCUUAUUCACACUGUAAACUGCAGUGUGGUCCUUGGUGAUGCAUAAACAAACUCAGUCAAACUCAGUUAGUUUCUAAUGGAGCACAUGUUCACUGGACUCUGGAUUUCACUGGAUUUCACUGGAUUUACUGAAUUUUUCUGUCUUGCUGUGUUUUUAGCUAAGAACAAGCAAAGCUGCCCACUCAAAUAGCCCAGAGAUAUAAAAAAAAAAAAAGGUAAUCGUCAAGCACUUGGCCCUGAAUCGAUAGGGUAAUGAAAUGUGUGGAUGCAGACAGUAUGUCCUCAGGAUGCAGCCAAGAGAAAAGUCAACAGUCAAAUCAUUGUCUAGAUGAAUGUUUCAUGUAAAGUAAUGUCACAGUCUGCCAAACAAGAGAACCAUUAGCAAAAUGUGUGAAAAAGGCUAAAAUGAUUUCCUUUCAAAACAUUAGUAAUGCUAUAGGCCUACUGUGCAUAUUGUAUUGUACAAAAAAAGAACACACCUGCACACCCUCAUGCACGUGCAUAUGCAGGUGCACAUACAGUACGUCAAUGUGUUAGUGUGUAUUAUUGUGGGUUUCCAUUGCUCAGCCCAGCUGCUGUAUGAAGGAGAUGGAGGGAGGCAGCCUUUGAGCUGUGUGUGCUUUUGAAGGUCAGAGAUGUCCUCUGGCUACCACACAGAUACAAUUAUAGCCAUAUUCACAGAGCAGAGCAGGCCUCUCUGUAGCUAAUGUAACCCAGCACUGUUUUGGCUUAGAAUCCCCUACAGAACACAGAUGACAGAUAGUUUUAGUGUUUUCGCAAAAGGACAGUAGGAUUUUAUCCCCUCCAACCACCUACUUCAAACAUGAGUUGGAAAUCAGACAAAAUGGCCAUUUGCCAUUUUCCUUUUGAUGAAUCAGCCAGUCUGCUAUAUGACUGAUAUGCUAACUAGAGUACCAGCUAUGACAAUCAAUAGCACACUGCUGCGUUGCCCUAUACAAUAUGUUUACUGUAAGCCAAUAGACAUUACAUAAUACAGUAUGGCACUUUCAGUAGGCCUCAGCCACCACAGUCACUAAUCAUGGCCUCUGAAAUAUAUAUAUUUAUUUCAAUUCUUAGCUACAGUAUAUGGGAUCAAACUGUUUGAUAUGAGUGGUCUGCUUCCCAUUGGGGUGUGGAGACAUCACCAGACACUCUGUUGUGUAUCAAUUGCUCUGUUUGGAAUGGGCCCUGCAGAGAUGGAGAGAGAGUGAGAGAGCUCGUUUUGGGUGAUUUGAUUUAUUGAUCACAGUGCAUGGUUCAUUUACUGGGGAGACUUGAACCUCUAGAAUCUGGGAAUAGAUAAUGACCAUCCUAUCAAUGACAGCGAUGCAGCAUACAUGAUAAUCACAGCCAGCCAAACCAGUCAGCGAUGCAUUAUGCAUAUGAUAAUCACAACCAGCCAAACAGGUCCAGAAUAAAUACACACAUGAAGGAUGGGAGACUUUCUCUGUGACUGUUAGUUAUCUGUGUGACUGUGUGUGUGUGUGUGUGUGUGUGUGUGUGUGUGUGUGUGUGUGUGUGUGUGUGUGUGUGUGUGUGUGUGUGUGUGUGUGUGUGUGUGUGUGUGUGUGUGUGUGUGUGUGUGUGUGUGUGCGUGCGUGUGUGUGCAUGUGUUUGUGACCAGCAAUAACAAUGUUCUAUAUCUCUCCAGGACACGGCGGGACAGGAGCGGUACCGGACCAUCACCACUGCAUACUACCGCGGAGCCAUGGGCUUCAUCCUUAUGUAUGACAUCACCAAUGAGGAGUCCUUCCAUUGUGUGCAGGACUGGUGAGUUCUACUGGGGUACAAAACAUUUUCACCCUCUCUAGGAGGAAAAUGGGAGACGAAUAUCAUGCGUUUCUUUUCUCAUCGAAAACCAAUACGUACCAGCAUUACAGCUUUCAUCAGCACGUUGGUAAGACUGCAAUGUUGUGUCAGUACAUCAUGUAUCAUGAAAUACACGAGGGAAGGAAGCAACUUCAGAUGCCAAGUUAUGUUUUCAUCUCUUCAUUCAAAGACUCAAUCAUGGACACUCUUACUGACAGUUGUGGCUGCUUCGCGUGAUGUGUUGUUGUCUCUACCUUCUUGCCCUUUGUGCUGUUGUCUGUGCCCAAUAAUGUUUGUACCAUGUUUUGUGCUGCUACCAUGUUGUGCUGCUGCCAUGUUGUGUUGCUACCAUGUUGUUGUCAUGUUGUGUUGCUACCAUGCUGUGUAGUCAUGUGUUGCUGCCAUGCUAUGUUGUUGUCUUAGGUCUCUCUUUAUGUAGUGUUGUGGUGUCUCUCUUGUCUUGAUGUGUGUUUUGUCCUAUAGUUUUAUUUUAUUUUUUAUUUUUUAUCCCAGCCCCCGUCCCUGCAGGAGGCCUUUUGCCUUUUGGUAGGCCGUCAUUGUAAAUAAGAAUUUGUUCUUAACUGACAUGCCUAGUUAAAUAAAGGUUAAAUAAAAAUUAAAUGAAUAAAUAUUGUUUGAUGGAUUAAGUACUGUAUAUCUUAACCACAUUCUCACAAAGACUACAUAUCUUUAUGGACAAGGACAACAGAAGAGGUGUGUUGUUGUUGGGUUGUAUUGAGACAGGAUGAGUAUAAGAUUUCUCCCUGUGAUUUCUCCCUGUGAAGAAACAGACCCAAAUAGCUGACCUUCAUCCCUGUCAGUAUCUCCUUAUCUAAGCGUAUUGAUUAGAGAGCUUGUUGUCAGAGAGCCUCUGGCCCAUCUGUGUGAGGGUCCCUGGGGAGGCCGGGCAGAGCCAUGAAUCGCGGUCUUUGUAAACCACACAAGCUAUUUCCAUCUGAAUACUGAAUACCUACACUAACCUGUACUGAGUGUUUCCUGUACCCUGAAUUCAACAUGAUUUAUUCAGGACUAGAAAUAAGAACACAAGAGGAGUCUAUUUAAUCAGUCACAAAAAAUAGGUUUCUGGAAUAAACUCUACCAGAAUGGUUUAAGAAAGAUAAUGUUUUGAUGGAUGCACUUGACAAAACUGCUUAACUGUCUCAAGGUGAAACAAAAUGUUUGUUGGUAUGUUGUGUGGGGCAUCUGUGUAGAAAGGAGAUUGGUUAAACAUCUCUGUUCCCUGUGGUUGUGUACAUGUAAUAUGAACAAAAAUAUAAACGCAACAAUUUCAACGAUUUUACUGAGUUACAGUUCAUAUAAGGAAAUCAGUCAAUUAAAAUAAAUACAUUAGGCCCUAAUCUAUGGAUUUCACAUGAUUGGGCAGGGGCGCCUACUGGGGAGCCAGGCCCAGCCAAUCAGAAUGAGUUUUUCCCCAGAAAAGGGAUCAUGCUCUUUAAUCAGCUUUUUGAUAUGCCACACCUGUCAGGUGGAUGGAUUACCUUGGCAAAAGAGAAAUGCUCACUAACAGGGAUGUAAACAAAUGUGUGCACAAAAUUGAAGAGAAAUAAGCUUUUUGUGCGUAUGGAACAUUUCUGGGAUCUUUUAUUUCAGCUCAUGAAACAUGGGACCAACACUUUACAUGUUGCGUUUAUAUUUUGUUCAGUAUAGUUACAGUAGCUAAUGACUGGUAUUAUCCUGGAGCUGUUCAAAUCAGUGAGUUUUCUCUAGAGCAUAGAGCAGACAGAGCACAACAAUACUUUAUAAUUCUACCCAACAACCUAAACAGACUUCUUCUUAUGGUAGGCUUUUACUCCAUUCUCAAUUCUUCUUCCUGGUUAUAAGGUUGAGGGCAAAGAUGCAUGGUUUCCAUAGCAACGGCUCCUUCCCUGCCAGGCUGUGUGUGAAUGAGCUCCUGUCCUGACACACUAAUUUCCUGUGUGUGACGCAGUUGUGUCCUGAUAGUGACGAAGGCACGCCUGUGCUUUUCACAGAAAUAGAUGCUGCUGCACCUCUCCUCUUCUCUCCUCUCCUGGUUAUUGAUCAUUGAAACACAGAACUAAUAAUUGGGAGAGAUAAACAUAGACAUCGUUAAUCAUUUCGACACUAAAUAUAGGCUAACCUAGAGGUCAAUUAUAUGUAAACAUUCAAUGCAAACGGCAGUUCAGAGCAGGUGUUUUUGACUGGGAUGUCAUUGUGAGAUAUAUCAGUCAACAGUUAGAUGUGAAUUGACCUAUAUCUCAACUCCUAUGACCAGUCUGAUCUGGACUGAGUAGUACUGACAUCAAGGUACAUUACUUUGUUCCGCUGGUGCUCUGGCCUGCUUACUGUGUGGCCACAGGGGAAAUGUGUUCCUGAAAUGUUUCUCCGAAAAUCAGUUUAUCAGAUUCCAGUCCUACAGUAGCACCUCAUCGUCCUGAUCUGAUGAUGGAGGAGAUGUGUUGUUGUUUACUGUAUCAGCUUAUCACCUAGAGCUUCUAGUAGAUAGAUGCAGUGCUCUGUUUUGAGUUUUAGUUCCUGUUUCUUUCUGUGUGUGUGUGUGCGUGUGCAGGUCGACCCAGAUAAAGACCUAUUCGUGGGACAACGCCCAGGUGGUGUUGGCUGGGAACAAAUGUGACAUGCAGGAGGAGAGGGUGGUGGCUGCAGAUAGCGGGAGACAACUGGCAGAACAACUGGGUGAGCUGCUGUCAUUUCAUUGAUCAGGGACACUUUAUAUAAACAGAGAUAAAAUAAUGAACUCAUUGAAUCAUCAACAGUCAGAUACAAAUAUCUAUAAUGCGUUAGCUCGUGCUGAUUCACAGCACCAGUGCCUACAUGGGCUUUUGUAAGCAUGACCUACAGUAUUUGACAGGCUUACAUUUCCACUAAGACAUUACAUCAAGAGAUUUCUGAAUGUGGACAAUUUACUUCUUGUAAACAUCAUCAACAAUGUUCAUAUAUUAUUUAUAAUUUUCUCUCUCUCUCUCUAUCCAUUCACAGGUUUUGAGUUCUUUGAGACGAGUGCCAAGGACAACAUCAACGUCAAGCAGACCUUCGAGCGCCUCGUUGACAUCAUCUGUGACAGGAUGUCCGAAAGCCUGGACACUGACACCGCCGUUACUACGGGAACACCCAGCACCAAACUGACAGACAGCGCCCCGCCCCUCCAGCAGCCCGCCUGCAACUGUUAGUGGCUCCUCCCACUUCCUGUGUUGCCAAGAUACCCAGUCCCUUAGAUGUAGUCAGCAUCCCAAAUGACAUCCUAUUCCCUAUAU